CGUCAACAUGUCUCCCCGCCAGAGGACCGCCGCGCUCACUGCUCUGACCGCCGCCACCCUCGUUGUGGCGUUCGUGCCCGUCGUCCUCGCCUCGCACAAACUGCCGCCGUACAUAAAGCCAUGCUCCCGGAACGACAUCCAUCUAGAUGAGUGUGCUCUGCGCAGCGCACGAGCCGCCCUGCCCGGCAUCAUUAAAGGAGACCGCAAGUUCGGCGUGCAGCCGCUGGACCCUCUGCGGCUGACGGAGGUUCUGCUGGAGCAGGGCCGCGGCCUCAGCCUCGCUCUCCGAGACGUCGACGUCGUCGGCCUGCAUGCCACCGACAUCAACAGCGUCCGCCUUGAUCUUCCCAAGGACACCGUGAUUGUCAACCUUACUGUACCGCACAUAGAAAUUUUGGGAAAAUACGUAGUGAAGGGGAAGAUAAUGGUACUGCCCAUCACCGGAAAGGGAAACGCGAACAUAACCCUUGACGACGUGCGUGUGUCUUACACGUUCCAACACGACCUCGUCAGGAAGGCUGAUGGCAAGCAGUACAUCAGGGGUAAGAACAACUCACUGACGCUGACUGCUGGCUGGGGCAGUGCGCACCUGGACAACCUCUUCAACGGCGACAAAAGAUUGGGAGAUGCAAUGAACAAGUUCAUCAACGAAAACUGGCGAAUUGUGAUGGAAGAGAUUCGUGCACCCAUAGAGGAGACAAUUGUGCAGGUUGUUGAAAGGAUACUCACCAGUUUCACCAGUAAAGUACCCUACGAGGAGAUCCUGCUUGCAUAAAUACCACAUCAGUCUCUCGAAUCAUUGUAAACACUGAAGUACAUGCAGCAAUAAAAUGUUCUCCUCUACU